AUGGGUAACGGAGCAAAGGCGCAACAGAAACGGGAGCGCAACGCCAAGGCGGCCGGCGGAGAGGCCAAGUCGCAGAAAAAGGUCAACGAGGCCGCUAAGAACGUCAUGUGCAUGACCUGUCGUCAGACUUUUCUGCUGACGGUGCGUGAGCCCGCGCUGAUACAGCAUGCUGCUGACCGACACAACAAGACCCUUGCAGAGUGCUUUCCCGACCACGGCAAGUGA